AUUUCAUAAAAGUUUUUACAUUAUAUAAAGUUACAGAUAAAAAUGUGAUUAUCAGGUAUUUAACUUCGCAAACUGGAAGGUCGCAUGUAUAAACGUCGCAGCAAAAUUAUUGUUAGGCUCUUUCCGCAACAACCUGAAUCAGCUGAUGGUACGGGAUCAGCUGUUCGGUUGGUCAUUUAACAUAUUUUCCUUUGUGUUGAUGCGGAUUUUAAAUGGCUUCUCGAAGGACGCACAAGUGGAACAAGAUGGUUGGUAAAGUGUAGCGAGUGUGUUAGUCGCUAAGUGAAGCAUAAUUGUACAAUGAUAAAAGCAUAUUAGUCUACCGAUUGUAAUCAUUCACCAUCCAGUAUACUGAUAUUAAUCAGUUUAGAACACAACAAUAGAGCGAAACGUAGUUUUCUUCUUAGCGCCAGUGUCAGUCUAGUGAAAAAGGAGCUGCAUGCACUAUUUGCGCCAAAUGUCUUGUCAUCGGUCGUGCUUUCUUCUAUCAAACAAAUCCUUUUGCUGUUCCCAGUAAGCUCAGUGUGGAGCCCAAAUUUUCCCCAACCUCAAGCUACAGUGCAUUUGGGAAAUGAUACACCGAGACUUGGGAAAGUAUCGCAGUAGACACAGUUAACUUGUAUACCGGCCGUAUCUCCGGAAGCGUAGCGCCCCCAGCCGGAGACUAUUUGCCAGUGCCGGGAAUUUGACUUGAAUUAAGUCUACGCAUACCAAACGACCGAUUACGAUCCAGUUUAGCAUCACCUUCGGUUGGAAAUCAUAACGCAAAACCAUGCAAAACAGCCUAGAUACCACCGCUGCAAAGACGCAGGAUAGUGAGCGAACGCUUGAAAUCAUGCCAGAACAAAUAGUACAAGACAUCACCAGCUCCUCAACCCAAAACGUAAACAUCCGUCAGCCGAAUGCUAUCGACGCUGGUAAAAAUGAUGGAAAGGACCAUACCGAACAAGGUGAACGGUUGGCCGUUGAUGAUGCAGGUUGUAACUUCGAAACACCGACGACGGAUAGAACACUAUUCCGAUUGCGAAAGUGCUCGACAAAGAUCUUUGGGCUUUCGCCCGUUUCGGAAAUUUCUGCCGCAUUGCAAGAUUCCGGCCUGGACACCCCUCGGUUGGUACGCCACAACAAAACUCGACCGGUCGGUUUGAGAAAAGAAGGCCAAUUUCAUCGGGUACCAGGCGAAGAAAGUAACGUGACGCCGUCUGCAACAUGUACUACCCACCGGGUUCAGCUUCCGACUGCUGACGAGCGCGAUCUCGAAAAUCUCGGCAAUGUCGGCGGCAACACCAAAGACGACGAAGGCUCCAGCCAGUGGCAACAGCAGCAUGAAGACGGUGAAGAAUUGAACCACAGUCGCUUCACGCUAAACUCGGCUGGUCGAUCGCCGGCAAGCAGAAGGGCGGAACAGCGCCAGCGCAGUCUCCAAUUCCGCCAGCAUGGAAUGCCGUCGCGAAUGAUCUACGACGAUAGCUGCAAAUUGUUGGCCUCACCCGGCAAGGAAAACAUGUCUACGGAGGAGCUAUCGUUCUACCAGAGCCACAGCCCACAGCAGAGCCCACGGCCCUGCAGCCCGUGCCCGCUCUGUCCGGAGGAUGCGCUCGGUGGUGAGCUGCUACCGUCGGAGAGCAACACCCCCAGCAAACAUGUAACCAUUCCGAUCGUGAACAAAAAUGGUACGGGCCCGAUCGUCGCCGGUAAGCUGACGGCCGUACCUGGUGGUUUCGGUUACCGGCCGCGCCGACCACUGGACGAUCACGAUCCAAACUCGAUGGACUCCGGGUACGGUGCGAGUGUGCUGAACGACGUGCUGAUGAACUCACUGCACAGCACUAGCGGCAGUACCGGAAGCAUGAUGACUGCCACGAAAACGCAUUCCCUGUUCCAUUUCAAUCAGUCGUCCACGGCGUCCCUUUCGCGGCACUGUUCCGGUUCGCCAGCGAGCUCACGUGGCCGACUGCUUCUACACAGUAGCCUGUCGUCCGGUUCGAUGGAAUCGAUGGAUGAUAUGGAGCUGUUCGAUAUGGAAGCGAUGGACGAUGAGGACAUUGAGAGUAAGUUGCAAUCCUGCCAACAGUCACAGCAACCGAGCGGGCUUAACACGCUCAUCUGCGGUACGAUCAAGACGACCAGAACGGCCACGACUCCCGAACAUCAGAAACGUCCGUUCGUGCGACGGUGUUUGAGCCUCACGGACAAUACCAACAGCAAUGUGAAUGUACCGCAGCAGCAGCAGCAGCACGUUAUCGCCCAGCUGAAAACGCCGGAACGGUACACGCGUCGUAUGAUCGCUAUGGAGGAUCAGGAGAACUGCAAUCUAACGCCGUACUCGUCCCGCACCGCUGCCGUUUCUACCGCGGAAGUAACGCGCUGCUUCAAACGACCCGAACCCCCGGGAGUUAGUCCGGUGCAGAGCAAACGUAGCAAAACCCAGAUGGACGUGAUGGCACUAGCGGCAGUGACGGCACCAGCCGUAAACGCACUAGACAGUCCGGCCCGUACGACCGUGCUGGCGGCGGUACCGAAGAAGCCCGUCUACCAGAAGUCAAUCUCCAUGAACGAUGCGCAGAUCAUGAGUGCCCUGUCCCGAUCCUCGUCCGAGCCGGAUCUGAUCGGAGAUUUCAGCAAAUCGUACGUGCUGCCGUUGAUGGAUGGUCAGCAUCGGGAUUUGAAGUCGAUUUCGGGCGAUACGAUGGCGCAUCUGGUACGUGGUGAUUACAACGAUAAGAUCGCUAGCUUCAAAAUCAUUGACUGCCGGUACCCGUACGAGUACGAGGGAGGCCACAUCCGGGGUGCGAAGAAUCUUUACACUCAGGAGCAGAUCAUCGAUGAGUUGAUCAAGUCGAAAAGCGAACCGCCAACAGUUGCCAGCUGCCAGGAUGGUACGAUGCGCCGCAACAUCGUUGUGUUUCAUUGCGAAUUCUCCUCCGAGCGUGGACCCAAAUUAUCACGCUUCUUGCGCAAUCACGAUCGCAUCCUAAACGCCGACAGCUACCCUGCACUGCACUAUCCGGAAAUGUACCUGUUGCACGGUGGCUACAAGGAGUUUUUCAAGGCACAUGCCGAACUGUGCGAUCCGGUUGCUUACCGACCGAUGCUGGAUCCGGAGUAUGGUGAUGCGUAUCGUCAUUUCCGGGCAAAAUCACGCAGCUGGAAUGGUGACGGUACAGGUACGGUUAAGGCCAGUACCACCGGGGGCCCGCUAGCCGGCGGACCAAGUCGUUUAACCAAGUCACGGUCUAGAUUGAUGCUGUAACUGUCGAACUGAGAUCCCUAUCCAUACGUUGCUAUUGAGCUAUUCUGUAUGUGUUAUCCCAUGUUGUUGGUGUCACGAUCUUCCUGACCAUCCCCUCAUCAACGCUCGCCAUGUAUAUACGUUAUGAAUUUGUUUUUUUUUGUUAUUCUAUUUUUAUACUUACGUUUAUAUUAGUUUAAAGUUUUGUUUUUUUUUUUAAUAUAGAAAGCAGAACAUAAACGUUUUGUACAUAUAUUUGGAAAAGUUUCAUAAACCAUUGACACAAAAGAAAACCAAUAACAAUUUUUGUCCAUUAACUACACUUACCUAAAAUUCAAACGUAAUAGUAAUUUGUUUGUUCUGCUUUUUUUUAAAUGCCAGCAAUAAUACUGGACUGGUUUGCAUCGCGCUUUGCCAACAGUUUCUUUUUUUUGCUUUUUUGAUGUCACGUUUUAUUUUUUAUAGUUUACGUUCUUUUCCUUUUUUUUGUUUCAUUGUUAUUCAUGAUUUAUUAUCUGUGAUUUAGAAUGGCUUAUCUUUUGAAGUAUUCUUUUCAUAACAAAACGAAAAAAAUGAACUACCCGGAAGCUGCGCGUACGCGUUCAGUAGCGGGUGAGCUAAAAAUCUCAAUUUCAAACAGUCGAAGAAGCGAGGUGCAGCGAUAGGGGAUUAUUAACGAACUAUUUCAGACAAAUUGCGUCUCAGUGGACUAAUGAUAAAUGUUACACCAACGUAGAGGAAUGUAGGAAUAUGGAGAAGAGUUAGCAUAAACGAAGGAGAAACGUGGUAGAAUGAGCACGAAAAAGAAAAGAAAAACAAGUGCAAAUUAGGUAAAAUCUAAUACAUGGAUGCGAUUGUAAGUGAUAAACAGCUGCACCGGCAAUAGACGGCACUAGACUGUUUCAUGCUUCGCCAUCCAAACACAAACAUACUCCACUAGGGAGCGGUAAGACUAUUUCUGUACAAACGUCACAGACUGUCCAAGACAGAUAAACUGGGUACGGGGUCAGAUAUGCACCAGUUUGGCGAACCAACACUCUUGUAACAAAAAAUCAUAUGAGCACCACAACGAAACCAGCUUAUCGAUAGAACGGUAAAUGGCUUUUUCCGCGUCGCAUUGAUUUAGUCGGGAAGAUCCAUUAACGACGAAACGUGCUAAUCCCGGAUGUUAUAUCCCUCUAUCCAUUCUCCCAUUCACACAAGGAAACACGAAGAGUGCAAAUUUUUAUAUAGUUAGUUCUUGUAACCAAAUUGUAAAAAGAAGCUUAGAUAACUUUUACAAUAAGCGCGCUACGGAAGAAUGCGAUGUGACAGUAAAAUGUGCAAGAAUCAACGAUAGCAAAAUACCCUUAUUAGCGUGUAAGUUAAAAGUAUGCAAAAUUAUAAUGAGUUUAAAAUACAAUCAAAUCGCAUAAGCAGAGAGAGCAUAAAAACUGAACGAUUUUUUGGAAGGGCAACGAGAGUGAAAUGUGUACCGGUUUCCUUCCUGUACAUGCUAGUUGUUCUUUACCGCUAUAGACUGACCUGGUAAGCACAUUUUCGUUGAAUGUGCAAGAUUUCACUGUGUACAUAGAAGGCGCAGAUGUUUCGAUUUAUUCUUCUGCUGACUGAAAAUAGAACUGAACCAACUUGGAUUGCCAGUAGAUUGAAUAUACUAUUCACUUAAUAAAAUAUUUAUAAUACUGCACCGUUCUGCAGUGGAGUUGAAUAUUAAGCAACGUGUCCUUUUGUUUUUGUGUUGAUUUUAUUUCGUCUAUUACAUAACUUGUCGCCAGGUUAAUUAGGUAGCUCGAAAUAAACAACCGUUGGCCAAAUUGGAAGUGUUUACAUUAAACAGAUUAAACAUUUACGGUUUAAAAGUUUGUGAAUUUUCUCUUAAUUAAAUGGUGGAAAAAAUGAUAUGGUCUAGCUUUUAGCUUCAACAGACAGCAUUGACAGCAUUGCACAUUUGACAGCAAGAGCUAUACGCAUUGCAUUCCU